AUGUCUUUCAUGGUUGUGGUAUCAACAGGACUUCCACUGGAAGACUUCAAAUACAAAAGAGCACGGGAGGAAGUGUCAGAGCUGUUGGAGACGAAGAUGAAAAUGAAAUGGAUUCAGUUCAAAGAGUCAGUGACAGAAACAGCAGAAAAGACAGUUCUUGGUCUAAAGAGACGUAAUCAUCAGGACUGGUUUAAUGAGAACGAUAGUGCCAUUGAAGAACUGCUUGCCAAGAAGAACAAGCCAUUCAUGGAGUGGCAAAACGACCCGGGUUCCUCAACGAAGAAGGAGAGAUUCAAGUCGUAUCAGUCUCUGGCCCAAAGGCAAAUACGUAGGAUGCAUGACCAGUGGUGGGAGAAGAAAGCCGAUGAGAUUCAAGCCUUCGCUGACUCCAACAACUCAAAGCAAUUCUUUAAUUCCCUCAAAGCAGUGCAUGGCCCUCCCAAAUCUUGCUCUACGCCUCUGCUUUCAGCAGACGGAGUCACUCUAAUCAAGGACAAGGCCGCUAUCAGAGAAAGAUGGAAAGAGCACUUCAGUCAGCUCCUGAACCGUCCAUCCUCAGUUGACCAGUCAACUCUGUACUUGACCAGAUCCCUCAGAGACCAGUCAUUGAAGAACUCGACAACGUUCCCCCCCUUGGAAGAAGUCCAAAAGGCCAUGAGACAGGUGAGCAGUGGCAAAGCACCGGGGAGGGACGAAAUCGCAGCAGAAAUAUACGAGGCUCUUCAGGUAUUCCACAGUGUUCUCAUUAGCAUUUGGGAAGAGGAGGAAAUGCCAGCUGACCUUCGCGAUGCUUUAAUCGUCUCCCUAUUCAAGGACAAAGGACUAAGAGCAGACUGUGGGAACCAUAGAGGAUAUCCCUUCUCUCCAUUGCUGAAAACAAAAGUAGCACGGAUCAUGUUGAAUAGACUUAUCCCCUCGAUUGCAGAAAAGAAUUUUCCGGAGUCGCAGUGUGGUUUCCGCCGUAAUCGAACUUUUGACACUGUCAACCGUGAGGCACUAUGGGUCAUUCUCGGAAAACUCGGCUCUCCGGCAAAAUUCUCCAAGCUCACCCAACUAUUCCAUGAUAACAUGACAGGAGAGGUGUUGACGGAUGGCGAAACCUCUGAGAGAUUCGGCAUCACGAAUGGCGUGAAACAAGGCUGCGUACUCGCGCCAGUGCUUUUCAACCUGUUAUUUAUCCAGGUGUUACUCCACGCUAGCAAAGACCUGGAAUUUGGUAUUUACAUCAGAUACCGCUUGGACGGAUCACGUUCUCGGAAGCCGCAGUUGUUCGGCCUGACAAUCAGCCUCAGGAAAACCGAGGCUCUCCUUCAGCCCGCGCCUGCAAGCUCCCCUCUGCAACCUUCUAUCACCAUCGACGACAAGCAACUAGAGAACGUCGAGUCGUUUAGAUACCUGGACAGCAGCAUCUCCAAUGAUGGCUCUCUAGAUAAAGGAAUCCAAACCAGGAUACAGAAAGCGAAGGCACUUGGCAGGCUCCGCACCAAGGCCCUGCAACACGUUAAGAAGCUGGAACAGUUCCACACAAGAGCACUACGAUCAAUUAUGCGUAUACGAUGGCAGGAUCGGGUCACAAUUCAAGAAGUUCUUGACAGAGCCAAUUCUACCAGCAUCGAAGCCAAAAUCCUUCAAGCACAAAUACGCUGGACUGGCAACGUGAUUCGGAUGGAUGAAACUCGGAUCCCACGCCAGAUCUUCUAUGGUGCAUAG